CUUUUCUCAAAAACUCACAAUCAAAAAUCAAAAGCACAAAGAAGCUAUUUUCCUUUAUCUACUGUAUCAUGGCAUCCCCACCUAGAAAUCCUCUUCCAGCCGCCGAUGAUGAUGCCCACAACGAUGCUGCAGCACCUGAAGUGGCAGACCCAAAUCUAGCCAUCAUCGUUCAUCCGGUCAACCUUGAUGCUCUUCCUAUCAGCUACAUUGAGCCCGGCGACGAGCUGAACCCGAUUGACCCAGACAACUUCGAUUUUGUGGGUCCCUCUUCCACCGCCGGAAGGUUUCCAACGCGCCGGUCCAAGCGCACGAACCCUUUCCCAGAUCUGAAUACUGCAGUGCCACAACGCCGGAGAGGAGAAAACUCUCCCCGGAGAGGAAGCAGAGGUGGAAGAAGAGGAGGCAGAGGUAGCCGCACUCCAGUUCGGUCAAAUCCACGAAGAGGUCUUCAUCUGGUAGAUGAAGAAACUGAUGAUGAAGCAGGGGAUCCUACCUUCGCUGCACCACAGGCUCAAGCCUUGUCCUCCAGCUCCUCCGAGUCUUCAUCCAACAACUCACCUUCCCCAGCAUCAACUCAGGGGGAGACGUCACAGCCCAGCAUGGCAACAGCAGCCUCUCAACAUUAUGUUCCUGAAGGUGUUGCUGCACCUGUUUCUGAAGGUGUUGCUGCACAUGCUCCAGAAGAUGCUGCUGCACCUACUGUUUCAGCAAAUGUUCCUCAGAAUGCUGCUGAGGAUGCUGCCCCUUAUCAGGAUGAAGAAAUGCCUGAUUUUUCUGGAAUGUCAUCAGCAGAGCAUGUAGACAUUCCAUCUGUGGAUGCUCAAGAUUUCACCACUACAGAAGAAACUCCAUCAGCACCUCAUGGAGAUCCUCUGGAAACCCUGGCAGAAGCAGCAGUUCAAGCAGAUGCAACUCCUCCUCAGGCUGAAGAACCAGAGAAAAGUGAUGACAGCUGGGAGGUUCCUCUAGCUGCUUUUCGCAAAAAUUUGCCCUCUCAGCAGGAAGAAGGUGUUGCCCCACUUGCUGCAUCACCUGAACCAGCAUAUGUCCCUGAUGAGCUUGAAGAUUCAGAAGAUGAUGACUCCUCAGAAGAAGAAGAACCAGACUUGGAUGGGAAGAAUUUGUCAACCCCUUUUGAGGUAACCAAUGCCUUCAGUCCUCAUUUUUAUUUUGAAUCUGAUUCACUGUUGAGUCCUCAAAUCAUGAAUUGUCAAUUCAUUGAGGAAAAGAAAAUUUCUAAGGAAGAAUUUGAUAGGCAUAGGAUAACUGCUUUUCUUCACCAAAGAAAAAUCCUUAACCUAGUUGAGAUUGCCUGCUCUUAUGAUCCCUUGGUUGUGAAGGAAUUUUAUGCCAAUUUGCAAACCUCUUUUUUAAAGAAAAACUCUCCAAACUUUGGCAAAGUUUUUGUACUCACAGUGAUGAAUUGGAUUCCAUCCAAAAAUGUCUCUGUGGUAACUAAACCUCAUGCUGUACUCAUGUACAAAUUGGGAAUGGGAAUACCAGUGGAUUUUGGCAAACUGUUCUUUGAUUCUAUUGGUCAUCUUGCCCAGAAAAUUUCACCCUCCACUCAUCUUCCUUAUCCUUCUCUCGUCUAUUCCAUCUUACUCUCUCAAAACUUGGGCCAAGAUGACUCAGAAUAUCUUCACACUCCACAAGGUCAAAAUAAUCUUGGUACUGAGGGUGUUGCACCUCAUGUUGACAACACUUCUAACCUUCUUGUGUCUGUUCCUAGAGAUCUUCUAUUGCAACAGCUUACUCAUUCUCUAGCUCAGAUUACCUAUCAUCAGUCCAUGGUGGAGAUGAUUCAGAAGGCUCUUUCUGAUCAAAAAGGGGGGAGAAAAAGAGGCAGAGAGCGAGGAGUUAAUGAAGAGGAAGCAAAGAAAGAGGGUGAAGCUCAAGGAGCAGAAGAAAGCAGUGGAUCUAGUGAUGGAGGAGCAGCAGCUGAUACUGAGGAGACCUUGGAGACUCUGGAUAUUUUACUUUAG